ACUUGCGCAAUGUAUCACACGUGACUAUAUUGAUUGUUUGGUUUCCUGGUAACCGAGGUGUUUGUGUAGACUUGAUCACCAACGAGCUUCUACAUUUUGUGGAUAGGAACAACUAGUACAUACUCUUUUGUACGAUGGGAACACAGUUUCACUUGAAGGAGCACUAGGUCCUGACUUGUAGGCCUACCUCGCUGUCUGACACUGCCUGCUUGAGCUCAUCAGCUGCCGUAGAUAGACAUGACAGCGGCAACUUCUUCCCUACGUGCUGUAGUUAUGUGAACAACUACACCUGAGAUGGCCAGUUCAGAUGACCUCACAAUUGUGUUGCCAACACAGGAUGACCCUGAAGACGAGAUGAUGGAGCUUAUCACCUCAGAGGGUAUUCCACAGACUAUCAACUCAGGCGAUGUCACUCAUAGCAUCACCACUCUCGUCGGGACGCAGAACAUAUUUACUGGGCCGACAGGGACAGUUGGUGAAGCUACCCUUGAUCUCCGUAUAGAUGAUGCCGAAGAAAUAUUUGUUGAAACGGAGAGCUUCAGGAAUGUGAAAGGGAAACUGAAGGAUUUUGGUCAUGUCACCAUCUGUGGUGCUUCAGGGGAAGGUAAAACUACAGCAGCUCUCGUGCUGGGUUCACAGUACAGACAAAAGGGGUACAAACUUGCAUUUGUGGACAGAAUUGAACAGUUUGACUUGGAUAGCUUCUUGAGCUCAUCACCUAGAGUAUUUCUGAUCAUAGAUGAUAUGUUUGGUACUGUUGGGUUAUCUACAGAUGUUUCACAGCUUACAACAAUUCUCAAUAGACUUUAUCAACACUUACAACACUGCAAAAGAGAAUCUGAGAAACGAAAGCAGCGAACUAAGAAAGAAGGUAAAGAUGAAAGUAAAAUGAGUGGAGUUUCUGACCCAAAAGAACAUCCCAAAAAGGAUAUUCGUGUUAUCUUCACAUCCAAGACAUAUAACUUCAAAGCUGGGCUUGCCCAGCUGCAGUAUGAGAGAUUCUCACUGUUCAAGAGUCAAACAGUAAUGGAUUUAACAACUCAGAAGCAACACCGGUAUACUCAAGCAGAGAAAAAGGCUAUAUAUGAACACCAUAGGAAUCGACACAGAGAAUCUUCUGAUAAAGAUGGUGAAGAUCUACCUGAUUAUGAAGACUUGGACACAGAUUCAAAUAUUUUUGGAAUUCCUCUUACUUGUAAACUUUUUUUUGAAUUUCCAUCUUUUACCCGAAAUGCAAGGAACUUUUUCAAGGAGCCUCUAUUUUAUCUCAAGCUAGAACUUGGAAAAUUACUGAAUUCCAACACUGAUCGAUCUGCCGUAUUAAUUCUAAUGCUACUGUGUGAGGAUAAGUUAGAUUUGGCCAAGUUGCAAGCAGAAGGCAAGGACCAGAAACUGGACAUCAUGGUCAGAACUGUUUUUGAGUUACGGCCAAAAGCUUCACGUUUAGGAAUGCACGAAGCGGCAACAACCUUUAGAGGAACAUUCUUUACCCGUGGUGAUGUUGUUGGAUUUGCCCAUUCCUCGAUAUCUGACGCUUGCGCUUGUUCGUUUUUUGCCAUCAGUCCAACAUUUGUGCUGACUCAUUGCAGUGACAAUUUUAUAUAUGAGCGCGUGCAACCACAGCCAGAACAAGAAACCAACAUUGAUGAUCAUCUACACCUGAUCUAUGUCUCCGAAGCAUAUUAUGACAUCCUAACUACACGAUUUGCUGAGUCAAUAAAGAAUGGUCAGUUUUCAAAAUCAGUGACACACCCCAUUCUCCAACAAGAACAAGUAGCUCUUCAAUUACUUGAGAAACUACAACAUGAUGGAUCCAUGGACGAAUACUGGGUCCACAAGAGAGAAAAGGAGCAUUGCUUUUUGUUUUGGGCAGUUCUUGGACAUAAUAACAAUUUUGUCUUUGAAAUAGAAAACAUAACCCGAGAAGAAUUUACUCAAACAGAGAUCAGUGAAGCGAUGUUAGGUUGUGUGUUCAAAAAUAACCUGACCGCAUUAAAGUGGCUUUUCUCCAGAAGUGAAAGUCCAGACAUUGGUAUUAACAGUUUGCUUUUGUCGGCAGCUGCAAAUGGGAGUUCGGAAAUUCUUGUUUAUCUAAUAGAAAAUGGUGCCAAUGUAUUAAGUACUGAUGCAGACAAGAAAACCAUCAUACACCUAGCAUGCAUGGCAGGACAUGAGAAGACACUAGCGGUAUUAAAAGAACACGACAUCAAACACUUUAAUGAUGAGUUGAAGGAUAAAGUGAUGAACUCUACAGAUAAUGAAGGCUGGACUCCUCUUAUGGUUGCAGCACUCACAGGAUCUAAUGAUUGCUAUCAGGUAUUGCAAUCAAUAUCAAACAAGAAAACCAAAGACUACAAUGGAGAUGACAUAGUUCACCUAGCCUGUAAGGGUGGUAACGAGGCUAUAGUACAACAUCUUGUGUCCCCUUCAAAUGUCAAUACUAGAGGACAGUAUGGGAGGACUCCUGUAAUGAUGGCAGCCUUCAAAGGACACCAAAGUGUGGUUGACCUCCUAGUAUCUAAAAAUGCUGACCUGACACUGGUGGACAAAGACGGCAAUGGUUUAUUUCAUGUUGCCUGUUAUGGCGGUAACACCGCCAUAGUACAAUAUCUUGUGUCCCCUUCAAAUAUCAAUACUAGAGGACAGUAUGGAUGGACACCCGUAAUGAUGGCAGCCAGCAAAGGACAUCAAAGUGUGUUUGACCUCCUGGUAUCUAAAGAUGCUGACCUGACACUGGUGGACAAAAAUGGCAAUAGUUUACUUCAUGUUGCCUGUUAUGGUGGUAACACGGUCAUAGUACAACAUCUUGUGUCCCCUUCAAAUGUCAAUACUAGAGGAGAGAACGGGUGGACUCCUGUAAUGAUGGCAGCCUUCAAAGGACAUCAAAGUGCGUUUGACCUCCUAGUAUCUAAAGAUGCUGACCUGACACUGGUGGAGAACAACGGUGAUAGUUUACUUCAUAAUGCCUGUUUGGGUGGUAACACCGCCAUAGUACAAUAUCUUGUGUCCCCUUCAAAUGUCAAUACUAGAGGACAGAACGGGUUGACUCCUGUAAUGAUGGCAGCCUUCAAAAGACAUCAAAGUGUGUUUGACCUCCUAGUAUCUAAACAUGCUGACCUGACAGUGGUGGACAACAACGGUGAUAGUUUACUUCAUAAUGCCUGUUAUGGUGGUAACACCGCCAUUGUACAAUAUCUUGUGUCUCCAUCAAAUGUCAAUACUAGAGGACAGUAUGGGUGGACUCCUGUAAUGAUGGCAGCCGUCAAAGGACAUCAAAGUGUGUUUGAUCUCCUAGUAUCUAAAAAUGCUGACCGGACACUGGUGGACAAAAAUGGCAAUAGUUUACUUCAUCUUGCCUGUUUUGGUGGUAACACCGCCAUAGUACAAUAUCUUGUGUCUCCAUCAAAUGUCAAUACUCGAGGACAGAACGGGUGGACUCCUGUAAUGAUGGCUGUCAUGAAAGGACAUCAAAGUGUGUUUGACCUCCUGGUAUCUAAACAUGCUGACCUGACAUUGGUGGAGAACAACGGUGAUAGUUUACUUCAUUUUGCCUGCGUUGGCGGUGACACCGCCAUAGUACAAUAUCUUGUGUCCCCUUCAAAUGUCAAUACUAGAGGACAGAACGGGUGGACUCCUGUAAUGAUGGCAGCCUCCAAAGGACAUAAAAGUGUGUUUGACCUCCUGGUAUCUAAAGAUGCUGACCUGACACUGGUGGACAACAACGGUGAUAGUUUACUUCAUUUUGCCUGCGUUGGCGGUGACAACGCCAUAGUACAAUAUCUUGUGUCCCCUUGAAAAUAUCAAUACUAGAGGACAGAACGGGUGGACUCCCGUAGUGAUGGCAGCCUUCAAAGGACAUCAAAGUGUGUUUGACCUCCUAGUAUCUCAAAAUGCUGACCUGACACACUGGAUAGCAAUGAUAAUAGUUUACAGGAUAAUACCUUUAGUCAGAUCAAGACAGCGAUAGUAUAACUACAGCGUCCCCUGCGUUCAUUGUUAAAUCCAUUAAGGUAUUCCUUGUAUAAUGUGAGAGUUGCGGUGAAAACUACGACAGUUGCCGAUGUUUCCUAAAUCGGUAAUUUCUUGAUGACGUAAUGCCGAGUAAGAAUUAUCCACCGUUUUGUAAACGAUGCUUUGGCGAUCCUCUUUAGCAAUAUAAAACUCGGAAGAUACGCAAACAGAGACGGAAGGACGAAGGGGCGUUGCUUUCUCCAACCUCGUGGCCUGCAAGUACUGCAGAUUGGGUCAUGUUCCCUAACUUAUAUUGUAUAUUCUUAAUGGACCUUGUCAUUUCAACUCCUUUCAGCGAUUCAAUGUAUCUUGUUUCAAACUUGGUAUUCAGUGAAAACAGUAUGUGUUUAUUUGCAUGAAGUAGGAUAGUUGUUGUCCACUAUUAUUUGAAACAGUUAGAGAUAUUUUGACUUAGAACUUGGUACAUAUAAAUGUAUGUAUGUAUGUAUGUAUGUAUGUAUGUAUGUAUGUAUGUAUGUAUGUAUGUAUGUAUGUAUGUAUA